AGAUCCACAUAUCAAAUAGUAGAACCUAAAAACUUCAAAUCAACGGCAAGGAUAGGAUCGUACACACCGUGAAAUGUUUUUAACGGUGAUUGUGGAACUCGGAAGCGGUGAUUUUCAGAUUUACCCCAACCAUGCUUAAUUCUAAACUUAACCACGGUUAAAAUUGCAGUUUAUAUUCAAGAGAACCACACCCUUCUGUCUUCACUUCUUCUUCUUAAAACGAUGUCCCAAAAUGAUGAUCGGAGAAACCACCCGACCGCCGAAUCCCACCGUUCUUAUACCCGCUUGGGACUCACUCAACGAGCUGCCGGGCUCAUUCUCUCCUGUUGGGUUCAACAGCAAUGCGAACAGUCCCGUCGAUUACUUUGCUUCUCUCCACCGUUAUCUUCCGUCGAAUGACUACGAGUCUGACUCACUGUGCGAGGACUCCGAUUUUCCGGUGGACGCUUUCUCGUGCGAUCAGUUCCGAAUGUACGAGUUUAAAGUGAGGAGGUGCGCUCGUGGAAGGUCACACGACUGGACUGAAUGUCCGUAUGCACAUCCCGGGGAGAAGGCCCGACGGAGAGACCCGAGGAAGUAUCAUUACUCGGGUACUGCUUGUCCUGACUUUCGCAAAGGUAACUGUAGAAAAGGUGAUUCCUGUGAGUUUGCUCACGGUGUCUUCGAGUGCUGGCUCCACCCGGCCCGUUACCGUACCCAGCCAUGCAAGGAUGGUACGAGUUGUAAGAGAAGGGUUUGUUUCUUUGCUCACACGCCGGAACAGCUACGAGUACUGCCUCAGCAGAGUCCCAGGGGAAAUGGUUCCGGGUCGGGCGAUAUGGAUUUUAUCGGGUCACCAAUCCGUCAUCGGUUGGAGGUUGUAUCCUCGCCAACUUCGAUCCUGGCGUCUCCUCCGGUAUCUCCGCCGUCUGACUCUCCACCUAUGUCGCCGAGCGGAUCGUACAACUCGGUGAGUGAACUAGUUUUGUCUAUGCGUGGGCUUCAACUAGGUAAGAUGAAAGUAGGUAGUCCUCGGGCGCUGCAGAUGGGUUCUGGGUACGGGUCUCCCCGAGGAGGAUCCUCGCUCCGACCCGGAUUAUCCAGCCUGCCCACUACCCCGACCCGAACCCAAUCCCAAUCCCAAACCAGGUCCGUUCUCUGGGAUUGCUGUACCUUUGAAGAGGAACCGGCAAUGGAGAGAGUGGAAUCCGGCAGGGAUUUGCGGGCAAAGAUGUAUGCAAGACUGAGCCAGGAGAACUCGUUGGGUCGUGUGGAACAUUCAGGGUCGGGUCCUGAUGUCGGGUGGGUUUCCGAAUUGGUAAAGUGAAGCUGGGUCGGAAGUUGACCUGUUUCCUUUUUCUUUUUUUCUUUUUUUUUUUGGAUUUAAUUUUGGGGGAAAUUGAAAAUUCGGCGGCCUGUGAUUCUUCUGACAGUUUGGAUAUGGAAGUUGGAUUUUGGAAAUGUGCAGUUGCGUUGUUGCGUGUACAUAGAAUAUGGGGGGAGACAGAUCUAGAAGUCUCUAUUUUGUGGUGCUUUUUUGGAUUUUGAAAAAAAGAAAGGGAAAAUUGCAACUUUUGUAUAGAAGAAGGAUUUGUUAAGGCUGCCGAAGAACUGGUAGCGGUUUGUUGGUAUAUUUUGUCUACGAAUUGUAAUUUCCUUGCAUAUUCUGAAUUACGUUUCAUGUAAUAUUCAUCCUCUACUAAUUCAAUGUGAUAUCUUUCUUCUUGAGUUUUCUUGUCUUGAGCUAAAUUACAAAAUACAAAGCUUUUUUCUUU